GGAGCGAUCUGCUGAAUCCAAUCCGAUUCCUACUCGAACCACAUCCGAACGGGUCCCCCUCAACCCCUGUCGACUGAUCAUGUCGAGCUAAAUGUCGGAAAAGUGGGGACAGUGUUCAAUUGUCAAUCAUUUUGUCUCGACCGAGUCGACCAGUCAAGGGACUGGAAGUGGGUUUACCACCCAUCUAAUUAGUGUGUACCUAGCUCAACCGGACGAGCUCCCUGAGCCCAGAAAGUGAGGGAAACAAAGAAAAGAGACAUAACAGACUGACCUUCCGGUCGUCCUGCUCUCCCACCUUUUCCCCCCUCUCACCUCCUCCCCUCCCCAUCCCUUUCCCUCACCCUCUCUCUCUCUCGCUCUCUUCCUCUCUCUUUCUCCCUCAGUGACAACCAAUUGCUCUCCCUCUCCCGGGUCACCGUCGCUUCCCUCUGUCGCAAUGGAUACAUCUUCGUCGCUGGACUGCCCGUCCUUCCCCGGCAAUCGUAUCGUUUCCUACCUCCAAACCUUGGCCAAGUCCAAAUCCGAACUGCCCUAUGGACUGCCCGUCUGUGUCUCUCCCUCUCACACGAUCACCACCACCGAUUCGCUCCUCAACCUCGCCUCUUUGGUCGGCCCUCACAUCAGUAUUCUCCAGGUGCAUGCCGAUAUCAUCGAUGACUGGUCCGAAGAUACCGUUCGCCAAUUGUCCACUUUGGCCAGAAAACAUGGGUUUUUGAUCUGGGAGAGUGGUCGGAUCCUCAAUGCUACCGUCGACGUGGUCGGUCGGCAGAAGACCGAGUCGAGAGAAGCACGGAAUGGAGCGGUUGAUCUGAUCCGGAAGAAGUACACCAGAGGUGUGGUGAAGCCGGCAUCAUGGGCGGGAAUUUCCACAGCCUGGGCUUCCGGAGCCGCCGUUUAUAACCAAGAAGCCGACAUCUUGAUUCCGACCUUGAAGGCUGCUGCUCGGGAGGCCGUAGCGGACACGGUGCAGACCAUCCGGACCGAAAUCACAGCGAAUAGUUUCGCGAAUGAGAAUUCCGUCGACGAUCAAGACUCUACACAACCGCAACAUCUCACCGAGUACGCUGUCGAUCAUAGCGGCUUGGGACUUCCUCCACGAAAAGCCUCGACUAUUUCACUUACCCAAACCAUCACGCAACAUACCGAGGAUUCUUCCGAUUACCCCUUGGAAUCCCCUCAAUUUGAGCGACAUGGUUUCGAGUUCGGGACGUUGAGUCCAUCCACGAUACCAGAGGAUCUUCCUCCCCCCCCUCUUCUGGCCCGUGGCUUGGUGCUCUGUCUGCCAUCCAGGACGGACACUUCCUUUACCCCCGAUUACCGUCAAAGCUGCAUAGCUGCUGCCCGUGCCAACCAAGAUUUCGUGGUGGGAUUCCUCUCUGGUGAACCAUGGCACCUGACUUCGCAAAGAACCGAUAUCUUUGAAACAGGUCUGCCGAGUUACGGCGAUGAACAACAGCAGCUUAGCCCAUACUCGUCUGAUGACGACGAGGCACUACCACACUUUGCCCUGUUCUCCCCCAUCGCUCAGCGCCACGACGGGAUGGGCGGGCAACUGCUCGAGGGUGGCGAUGGAGAUGAAGAGGUGAUGGAAGAGGAUGAGACGACCAGCUCGGCUCUGCCUGAGACUUCGAUACCUAUUGAGUCACUGAACCCGCUUGCCGCGAAAUUAUUCCAUGUCGCCGGAAAGGCAUUCAAACUACGCGAAGCUUCCACUCAGGAGAACGGGGUUGCGAAGCCCGAACCAACGAAAAGUUGCCAGAUCCUACAUAUCCCGAUCGUAUCCUUGCCAUGAAGCGGGACCAACUGUGGAUCCUUUCUAUACGCACUAUGUCGGAUUUAUUGCUUUGACUUGGGACUAACUAAUCACCUUUUCUGUUCGCAUAUAUACAUACUUUCCGCUACUAUGUCUUUUUAAAGCAACACUAUUGCACAUGGGGGUUAUGGAGUUGAGCGCUCUGAAAAUCAUUUCGUUAUAUCAUGUUCUAUCAUUGCCAUUUGUUUGAAUCUAGCAUGUGGGGGGUCAGAAAUCAUCUGUGACUAUAGCCAAGGCAUCCAACUUUUUGCAUCACUAGACCCAGGGAAAUUCAGAAUUCCAAAUACCAAC